AUGUUGGCUCGUUUGGUCGUUACUCUGACUGCUAUUGGAAUUUGGUUUAUAAAUUGUAGUCAAAAGAAAGGAAUAUGUAUGAGCCCUGGUCAGUAUUUCUGUAAUGAUACUUAUGCCUUCCAAGACAUCAGUUGGUGGUACGAUUGGCAUACUGACCAAAUAGAACACCACCGCCAUAACUGUCACAAUACGCCAAGGGGAGAGUAUGUACCAAUGCUGUGGGGUGAGGCUCGAAUGAAUACAUCUACGGUACCAAAUCAAGCCAAACAUGUUCUCGGUUUCAAUGAACCUAACGUCAAGAGUCAAGCCAAUAUGACACCACAGAGAGCUGCACAGUUAUGGCCGGAAGUGGAAAGAAAAUCUGUUGGUAAAACCCUCAUUAGUCCAGCUGUCGCUGGAUGUCACAGAGCCCAGCAGUGCAUUCAUUGGUUUACCGAGUUUUUCAACGGCUGUAAAAAUUGUCGUGUGGACGCCCUAGCAGUUCAUGCUUAUCACUGCAACCCUCACGAGUUGAUAAAUUCCUUGGAGAAGGUGUCACAUCAUUUCAAGAAGAAAAUCUGGUUAACAGAAUUUGCGUGCCAUACUGCUAAAACCGUAGACGAACAGCUUCAUUACAUGCAGUCGAUUCUACCGCUUCUGGAAGCCUCUCCUGUGAUUGAAAGAUAUUCAUGGUUCGUGACAAGGUUCUACAAAAAUACAACCUUUAUCAAUACUUCUACCGAUUUAAUGAAUAGACAUUCGGCAACAUUGAAUCGGCUGGGGAAAUUUUAUGACGAUUACAAAGCCCAUUAA